AUGCUCGUCGCCCGCACUCCCCCCUCGCCCUCGCCAACUCCCUGCUUCUCGCGCGACUUUGCCGGACAUGCCAACCCGACUCCACGUCGUCCAGACGCCCCAGUCCGUCGACCCAGCGCACUCCGCAACGCCUCGAGCGACCACAUCCUGACGCCCGCCGUCCUCCGCUUCGACAAGAAGGUCGCCAACAUCCCGAGCCCCUAUUCGUACGACGGGAAGCAGGCUGGUGCGCCCGCACCGCAACCUUCCAAUCGCGGUCUCUCGCUCGACAAGCUCCCUGCCUCGUCCACGAACAUCGCAACGUCGCCGAACGAGAAGGUCCCGUCUCCGCCGACUCGCCCGUCGCUCAACCCACUCGCCAACUCGCCCUCUCCUCCGCCCUCUUCAGGCUCGUUGCUCGCACGACGCCGCUCGUCACGCACCACCUCCCGACCCGACAUGAUCCCCUUGCUCACCGACCUCAAACUCGACGACCUUCCCACCCCGAACCUCAACGAACUCGACGACACCAUCCGUCCCGAGGUCAUCGGCAAGUCGAGCCACGCGCAGACGCCCUCGACGGACGUCCUUUCCCCGACGACGGUCAGGCGCAUCGAGAAGGACGGCGCGCAGGUCGUCGAGAUCGACUUCAAGCCGACUCGCUCAUUCGUGCCGACGCCCUUCCCGUCUGCGCGGAAGGACUGGCUCGACGAGGACGACCAAGACGAGGAGGACGAGGACGACACCAAUGCAAAUGCGGCGAAAACGAAGCCCGAGGCGGCGUUCAGCAACGACGGGACAAAGUGGCUUCCCUUGCUCGAGCCCGUCCCCGUCGUUCCGGCGCCUUAG